AUGGCAGUGAAUCGACAGCCAAGUAUUCAAAAAAGUCGAAAAUUAGUCGUUGUUGGUGAUGGAAUGUCUGGUAAAACCUGUCUUUUAUUUGCAUUUAAAAACGAUGAAUUUAGUUCUGAUCAUGUACCAACUAUUUUCGAUACAUAUGUAGCAGAAAUUGAAGUUGAUGGAAAAACUGUAUAUAAAUAUGAAAUUAUCUUUCGAAAAAUUAGUUUUAAUAUUUUUGUUUACAGGUUGAUUU